AUGGGUGAACAGGAGGACCUGAAAUCAGAACAUCAGACACCAAAGCCUGAGAGCUCUGGAAGCAAAGGACAUAAAAGCAGCCCUUGUCCAGAGAGGUGGAUACAUCAGGGACAAGCCUCUUACCUCUUUUCCGAUGAAAACUUCUCUUGGCAAAGAUGUAGCUCCUUUUGCUCCUCUCAAGAGUCCAGGUUUCUCAAGAUUGAUGGCAAGGAAGAGCUGGAUUUCAUAAAAAAAGCCUCCUAUCAAUAUGUUGAAGAUCGCCAAGGCCUUCCCUAUUAUUUCCCUUUCUGGAUUGGAUUAUCGUACGACCCCAGCACCAAGAAAUGGGGCUGGAUGGAUGGCACGGCUCUGUCCUCUGGCCUGUUUCACGUCCCAGGAGGCCCCAGUGACAAUUUUCAGAGUGGAGCUUGUGCCUAUUUCCAAGGAGGGAACGCGAAAGCCGGGAACUGCGAGGAAACUCGAUUCUGUAUUUGUGAGAAGACAAGAGUGGCAACAGAUCAGCUAGGCUGAGCCCUCAAACAAAUCACCCAGCAGGGAGUGAAGGACUAGACUCAGCAGCAGAUAGGGGAACAUGGAGCUGUAGAGAGAAAAUAUGGCUCAGCGUGUCACACUCUCCUCCAAUUUGUAAACAGGCUCACAGAAAUUCAAAUGAGUUUGUGCCACAAGGAGAGGUAGAGUCAGCCUUUCAGAGUGCAAUGCUGCAAUUCUAGCCAAUAGUCACACACCUUAUCAGCCAAUCAGAUUGCUCCCACU